GACUGGCUCUUUGGAGAUGGGAACUCUUGUGCCAAAGGCUGGGAGAGGGCAGGAGAGACCUGUGCUAUCAUUUAUUUGUUUUAAAAACUACAUUUUGAAGCAUGAAAUGGGCUCUUCAAGGCUAAAUAUUUCCUGUAUCUGUCUAUAGCUCCAUGUGCUUCAGUAGAAGAGGGAAAAAAUAAUGGUCAUUUGGUACAGAGGAUAUGAAGAUAAAUGGAUAUACAGAGGACCAUAGCAAAAUUAGUGUAACUGAGAUACCUUAGUGCUGUACUUUCUUAACAGAAGAAUGUUUUAGCCGCAUAGUAGAGAAAACGUGCCAUGUUUUCAACCUGCCAUUAUUGUAGAGUUUCCAAGUGGUGUUGGACAGAAGCCCGAAUCAGGAUCUCAUAGGAUUACACUUUGACUAUGUAUUUUCAACAGUACUGGAGAGAUAAGAGACUGGCAUAUGCUGGCAUACCUCUCAACCUGACGCUUGAUAACCGAGUGGCAGAUCAACUCUGGGUGCCUGACACCUACUUCUUAAAUGACAAGAAAUCAUUUGUGCAUGGCGUUACUGUGAAGAACCGAAUGAUUCGCCUUCAUCCAGAUGGAACAGUGCUUUAUGGCCUCAGAAUCACAACCACUGCAGCUUGUAUGAUGGACUUGAGAAGAUACCCGCUAGAUGAACAGAACUGUACUCUUGAAAUAGAAAGCUAUGGCUACACGACUGAUGACAUAGAGUUCUACUGGAGGGGUGGAGAUAAUGCAGUCACUGGCGUGGAAAGGAUUGAGCUUCCUCAGUUCUCCAUUGUGGAAUACAGACUGGUGUCCAAGAAUGUUGUCUUUGCCACAGGUGCCUAUCCAAGACUCUCACUGAGCUUCAGGUUGAAGAGAAAUAUUGGAUACUUUAUUCUUCAAACCUACAUGCCCUCCAUACUGAUUACCAUUUUAUCAUGGGUGUCAUUCUGGAUCAAUUAUGAUGCAUCAGCAGCAAGAGUUGCCCUCGGAAUUACAACUGUGCUGACUAUGACAACAAUCAACACUCAUCUGCGAGAGACUUUGCCCAAAAUUCCCUACGUUAAAGCCAUUGACAUGUAUCUUAUGGGCUGCUUUGUAUUCGUCUUCUUGGCCUUACUUGAAUAUGCCUUUGUCAACUACAUUUUCUUUGGAAAAGGCCCUCAAAGGCAGAAGAAGCUUGCGGAAAAAACAGCAAAGGCAAACAACGAUCGCUCAAGGUUUGAAGGCAGCCGGGUGGACACCCAUGGAAACAUUCUGCUAACAUCUCUUGAAAUUCACAAUGAGGUGGCAAGCAACGAGGUCACAACCAGCGUUACGGAUGCCAGAAAUUCAACGAUAUCCUUUGACAACUCAGGAAUCCAGUACAGAAAACAAAGCUCACAUCGCGAAAGCCUUGGAAGGCGUUCAUCAGACAGAACAGGCUCCCACAGCAAGAGGGGCCAUUUACGAAGAAGGUCUUCACAACUGAAGAUAAAAAUUCCUGAUCUAACAGAUGUGAAUGCCAUCGACAGAUGGUCAAGAAUGGUGUUUCCAUUCACUUUUUCCCUUUUCAACUUAAUUUACUGGCUAUACUAUGUUAACUGAGUGACUGAACUUUUUUAAAGGACUUCAAUUAUAACAAGUGAAGUACUACUUGCCUGCAGAGUUUAUAUAUAUUUAUAUGUAAAAAUAUAUAUGAACUUUUACAAUGUAGAGAAUACUCAUGUAUGUGUGAAUACGUACAGCGAAGAAUCGUGUGUAUGUAUAAGCACACACUGAAGAGCAAAAGUAUAUGUAUGCACACAUACGUGUACACAUUCAUUCUGAGGUGAUGGACAGUGUAACAUAGAAUGCACUUCUGAAGAACUUUUUAAUUUGAAAGGCAGGUGUUGUCCAAAGCAAGCCUUGAGAUCGUAAGUGUUGUAUAUUAUCACUUCAAAACUGUGAUGGUCAUAGAAAUUUUCAAAGAGCUGUAAUGGUGUAUAAAGUCAGUAUUUAGUAACAUUGUUUGUAAAUGCUGCCAUACACACUAAUCAUAAAGUGAUAGAGUUACACUGGUAAGUUUAAAGUAAGUUGUUUGUAUUGCAGAACCAUGAACAAAAAUUUCAUCAAGCCAAACUCGUUUCUCUUUGCUAAAAUUUCUUGGUUUUGUAUGACCUAAUACAUUUUUCCCACUCAUGAAUGGGCAUUGUUUUUAAUGGUCUCUUGCUUUCUCUUCUGCAGUAAGCAAGCUGAUCAUAGAGCGUUGCUGUAGGUCUUUGGAGAUGUAUACACGUUCAUAAUAUUUCAAACAAGCAUUUUAAAUGUCCAUCAACAGUGAAAAGAAUCUUUUGUAAGUACUGUAAAUGUGCAGCACAUUUUCCUCCCCUUGGACUGGUUCCAGCUGCCAUGUCAUUUUGAAAGAGAACAGCACAUUUUUAGUGUAAUGUAGCUGAGAUUUCAACUACUGUCAAUGUGUUCUACAUCUGCUGUAGAUUUAAAGAUUGUUAUUCCAGUGAAAGCAUAGAAGAUGUCUCAGGUUAUUUGCUACUUCAACAUGAAACCACCUAGCUGUAGCAUUUUUUAAAUAUGCGUUCACAUUAUUUGACAUUCUUAUAACAUUGUAUGUUAAUGUAAAAUAUAUUUGCAUAAUAUGCAUAUAAGUAUAUUUUCUCAAUGUUUUUCUUUCCUGUGCUUGCUAUUGUGACUGCAUGCUAUGUCAUAUUUUUGUUUCUGUGAUGUUACAACUUUUUAUUCUCUAGAACUGAGCAAAUAGAGCACUUCUGGUACUUUGAUUCAGUAAUGGAGUAUUUUCAUAUUUUAUUUAUAUACUUAAAGUAUAUACAUGUACGCUUAUGAAGCUCAUGUCCUGCAGUCACAGAUCACGAAAGACAGCAAAAUGUAUGCUUUGUUUCAGGAUUGAUUGUGUUCAGACUCACCCUUCAUGCAAAUGUGAGCACUUCAGUUUUCAUUCACAUUCAUUCCCUGACCGGGUUUCCAAUUUUUUUCAGUCUAGUAGAUCGUAGUCAUCAAGGUAUGCUGAUUUCAGAUCUGUAAACUUAAUUUGUUACUUAUCAGAGCAACCUUUCUAAAGAAAAGAAGAUAUAUUUUUUGUAAGCAGUGUUUCUAUCAUGUACAUUCACAAAUACCAACAGGUACAGUAGCAUAAGUAGAUUUAAAACAAGAAUUUAGGCACAGCCAUGCCAGUACUCCACGUGUAGGAUUCCUGGGGAAAUCAAUGGGAAAUUUUGGCAAAGAGAGAGCUUUGAAUGCUAGCUAGGGACAUCUAUGGGAGAAAAAUGUGGAGAUGCAUCUACCAAGAAAAAAGGACCAAGGUGGGAUGAUAAUGAGAAGGCCUUGGCUCUGUCGCGAUCGGUGUUCUCACUGGUUCUUGGAUUACCUGUGAGUAGAGCACUCAUUCUGCUGCCAUGUACACUCUGUUGCUGUUUCCACCCGUGACUCUGCAACUGAGCUGUGAAACUUUGCUCUGGGCUGAACUGCAGCAUAGGCAGGGUGCAAAGCCUGAGUUGCAGUCUCAUCCUGGGGGCUGCUCACUGAACAGCAACGCGCUCCUACAGCUGCCUCGUGGCAGAGCCGCAGUGCGAUCCCCAUCGCCCUGCCCUCGCCUGCAGGACCGAACCGCAGCCCUACUGCAUCCUUGGCAGUGGCACAAAAUGGCUGUAACUGCAGCUCUUAAGCACUGCAGCUGCAAAUACUUGUACAGUAUGAAAAGCCUUGAAGGAAACCGUGUAGCUGGAGUAGAAAAAGUUGUUUUUGAACAGCUCCUCAGUAUGAGCUCCCGUUGGUAAGCUGCAACAUAUUAUGAGCUGCCUAAUAUUUCUUCCAACUGUGAAGGGAUUAUAGAGCACAUUGUCAUCAUUAUUGUCAAAGUAAUAAAACAAUUAGCACCUUCCCAAAUACACAUUUAGUAGAUUCAUUGAAAAUCUCUCCCAAGCUUUUACCUUCACAGCAAAGUAUAAUUAAACAAAAAAUAUGAUCUUAAUAAAACUUAAAAAUGGUAGGCUUUGCUUUGGAGAAGUUACUCUAAUUAAAAACCUUUGAGCAAGUCCUUCGGUUAGUGCCCUAAACAGCUAUCCUGAAAAAUGGAAUUGAAGAAGAGAGUGGUCCCACCCUUAGGAUUUAAUCAUCGUUCUCUCCUUUCUUCGAGCUCCAGCUCCUAGAAAUGUUCUGGUCAGGCAGGGCUCUUUCACAAGCAGAAGAGAGCUUUUAUUUGUGAUGCGAAUGUGUACUCCACUUUCUGUGGAAGCAUCAGAGGCUUCAGGCAGGAUUUUUAUUUAGAUGGACAAAUUACAGACUGAGCUCAGUGGAGAGGCAAUGUGUUGCACACUGCAUGGGCAAGAGAGCUGAGUCCCUGAGUCUCUUCUCCCUUGCACAACUGGAGAGCAGUGUGUUACUGUAGCCCUGUUCAGGAAACAGUACUUCACACCUUCCCUCUCACUGCAAAAAGUGAGUAGUUGCAUGUUUCAGGUUUUCAUGAGAUUUCAUAUCCAGCAGCCCAGACAAGCUCCAUGGGGCACAAGCAGCUUGGACUGUGAACAGACUGAAGUCUUGGUUGGACUUGAAAAAAGCCAGGAAAUUCUCACUUAAGGUUAACACUUCAUCCUUAACACGCAUUUUUGUGCCUUUUUUGCCAAUUCCCUUCUUCCAGUCCCAGCACCACUUCUUACACACAGACACACACACAACCGUGUGUUAAGAACAGUGUUUGCCUUGACCUCACAUUUUCUGGCUGUUGUCACUUUAUGCUAGCUGCAACGUAUGACUUUAACCAUAGGUGGCUUUAAGACUAAAAGAUGAUAAUUCCAAUCAAAUUGCACCAGAGAAAUGUAUUGCAUAGCUAAUUAACUCAUUUCUAGCUCACACUACUAUAAAUAACAUAUACACAUCAUUUGUUUGUAAAAGGCACUGAAAAAAAACCCAACUGGAACUAUUUGUGUUAUAGCCCAAAGGGUCAAUAUGCAGUAGAAAUAUUAUGGUGAUUUAACUCUAAGUUGAUUUCAUCCCAUUGUAAAGAUAAGCUAAAACCCAGUCUUCUUUGCUUAAGGCACAUCUAUGUAUUUUUGGUAUUCUUCAGCAGUGGAAAAAAAAGAAUAGUAAAAUGGAAUGAUGAAG